ACAAAAAGUCGAUUAGUCGAAAGUCGACUUCUAGAUCCCUAUAUCGGCAAAUAAGCAGGUCAGAAAAAAUAAUAAUAAUGGAUCUUAUGGCAGAAGAUAUAAUUAGCAAUGCAACAACAGCACAAAAUGAUGUAGUAAAUGACGAUGUAGAUCUAACAACGCCCAUCAAUUUGGAUACGGCAACUGCUCAAGAAGUCACCAACAAUGGAAGUGGCGGAGCUGGUACAUCUGAAUCAUCAUCAUCAGUCAUUUCACCUUCGGUUGCCGAUGACACCUUGCAUGUAGAGAUUUCGGAUGCAUUAAGCGAAAAAGACAAAGUAAAAUUUACCGUUCACACUCGGACAACUUUGCCGGGUUUCUCCAAAGCAGAUAACAAUGUGGUGAGACAACAUGAGGAGUUUGUUUGGCUGCACGAUCGUUUCGAAGAAAACGAAGACUAUGCAGGUUAUAUAAUACCACCAUGCCCUCCGAGACCUGAUUUCGAUGCAUCCCGUGAAAAACUGCAACGUUUGGGCGAGGGCGAAGGCAAUAUGACAAAGGAGGAAUUUAGAAAAAUGAAAACCGAACUGGAAGCUGAAUAUUUGGCAACAUUUAAAAAAACUGUAGCCAUGCACGAAGUUUUUCUCAGACGCUUGGCCAAUCAUCCUGUAUUUCGCAAUGAUCAACAUUUAAAAGUCUUCCUUGAAUACGAUCAAGAUUUAUGUGCUAAACCACGAAAGAAGUCAGCCAUUUUUGGUGGUUUAGUCAAAUCGUUGGGCAAAACAACCGAUGAAAUUAUCUUAGGAGUCACAGUACGAGAUGUUAAUGAUUUCUUUGAAAAUGAAUUACAAUUCCUUACUGAAUAUCAUAGUCAUUUGAAGGAAGCUGCAUUGCGCACAGAGAAAAUGACUCAACGGCACAAAGAUGUGGGCGAAUGCCAUCAAAAAAUUUCAAAUUCAUUGAGACAUCUAUCGACUGCCGAAAAGGGUACAAUGGAAGCAUUUUGUGCAAAGUCAGCUGAUAUAUUUGAGAAAAUAAAGAAUCUGGAGGUGCGUGUUGCUAGUGAUCAAGACCUGAAACUUGGAGACACAUUACGUUAUUAUCAACGAGAUAGCGAAGCUGCCAAAGCUCUACUAAUACGUCGUUUACGUUGCCUAGCAGCUUAUGAAGCAACAAAUCGUAAUUUGGAAAAAGUUCGAGCUAAAAAUAAGGAUAUUCAUGCGCCUUUGGAAGUUCAAGAGGCGGAAGCUGCUCAAGCAGAAGCUUGUGAAAAAUUUGAAACAAUGUCGGCUUGUGGUAAAGAAGAACUAGUUGGUUUUCGCAACCGAAGAGUACAGGCGUUUAAAAAAAGCCUUAUUGAGCUAGCCGAUUUGGAAAUAAAACAUGCCAAAAAUCAAUAUGAAUAUUUACGUCAAUCUUUAUUAGCUUUAAAAGAAAUUUAAUACAUAUUUUCUUAUUCUCUGCCUUUAUUAUGUUGUUUAUAUUAUUUACAUAUGAAAUAAGUAUGUAUGAAGAAUAUGUCGUAUCUCUCUCUCUGUAUUCCUAUUAUCCUCUAUGUUAUUAUAUCUUGUAUUUCUCUUCAUUCCAUAUUGAAUGUUGAUCAUUCUCACAAAACAAAGAAACAUCUUAUUUACAAAUUGUAUUUUUUAUUCAAUUUUUUACUUAUGAAUAUCAUGCUAUGGAACA